AUGGCAGAAAAGGUGAAGUGUGUGUCCCUCCCUGACUCUGUCCUUCAUAGCUCCAUUAAGAGGUAGGGGAACUGAGACUGACUUAGCUGCUUCCCAGUCUGGUUUUAAGGUGCCCCUGUCUCCUUGUUGGGUUUCCCCCAUCAGAAUUGUUCUCUUGCACCCCAACCCUUUUCUCUUAUUACACACACUGGAUCUGUUUUAGGUGUGUACUUUCAUCAUUCGGUCUAGCCUAAGUGGUACUAUCUGGGUGGGCGGUGUUUAUAAUGUCUUUGUUCUGGCAGCUAAGGGGUGUGUGUGUGCGCUUCAACUGUGAGAACACUGUGUGAGAAUCAUUGUCUGCAGAUGGACAGUUUGGUCCUUCCCUCUCUCAUCUCUAAUGGUUCUGCAGGGAUUCCACUGUGAAUUUCCCAGUGGUGCUGUGGUAUUAAACUUUGAUGUGGGAUAAUGGAGUUAUUUUCUGCGCUCAGACACACAAGCUCCUCUGAAGAGUUUCACACUGUCUCUCAGACAGACUGUGUAAUGUGAAAAAUAACCCAAGAUGGUAGCCAAAACUGUAAAGUCUACCAACUGCAAAACUACCAGGUCUUACCUACCAAACAUAGCCCUAUAGGCAAGCCAUAUCAGGUAGGGUAUUAAUGUCUUGUCUAGCUAGUGGUCUAUACCUUGUUCCAGUGUAAUAACACAAUAGCUAGGCGGUCCUUCUUUAGUGCUAGCAGGAUUGGAUUUGGUUUCCCAGCAGAACGAUGACCGAUCCUCCUUUCUGCUGAUCAGGCUAUCCAUUUUACUUAUGCGGUGGAUCUGAGUCUUGUGCAAAUCUUUCUUGGCAGGACUGUCAUGUUGCUGAGAUAGAGAGACGUGGGAGGCAGGGGAAAUGACUGCUUUGCUGUCUGCCUCGUGGUACUGUAUGUAUGCAGGAAGCCUGGUGUGAUUCUAGUGUGGGGAAGUGGUGGCAUGGCCCAUUGGCCCUGUUUCGCUACAUCAUCAGCAUGCAGUGUAGUUAAACAGGAAGCGGAAAAUUCCGGAAGUUGCGAAUUGACUUCUUAUCUUACUUUGGUUCCCAGGAAGGGUAGAGGAGGUUAGCGCUGACUGAGAGACAUCAAAUUACUGUAUGCGGGACAAUUUCCCAGACCCAGAUGUCUUUUUCUUGGAAAACACUUUCAGUGGGGACUCUGCAUUGAGCAUGCUUUUUAGUCCAGGAGUAAACUUAAUCUGGGACUGGGAAACUGGCUUAUUGUGUUCUUUGAGACCCUUUUGUGCUUGCCGACUUAUGCCGACAUAGGCUAAUGAUAGUGUUACAAGCUACUGGUUUAGGCCUAUAAUUUAAGGAUAUGUGUGUUUGUAUUUUUGAUAGGAUAGCUCUUAGAGCUGCUGGCAUGUCUAUCCUUCCCACACCCUUUAGAGAAUUUAUUUUAUUUAACCUUUAUUUAACUAGGCAAGUCAGUUAAGAACAAAUUCUUAUUUACAAUGACGGCCUACACCGGCCAAACCCGGACGACGCUGGGCCAAUUGUGCGCCGUCCUAUGGGACUCCCAAUCACGGCCGGUUGUGAUACAGCCUGGAAUCAAACCAGGGGGUCUGUAGUGACGCCUCAAGCACUGAGAUGCAGUGCCUUAGACCGCUGCGCCACUCCGGAGCUGAAGGAAUGUGACCAGUUCCACGACCAUCCUCCUGAGCUCUAUCUCUUGUUAGCCACUUACUACCCCCCCCCCCCCCCCCCCCCUUCCCUUCCCUUCUACAGGAACCUACCUUAAAGACCCUCUGGGUCUAAGGUCAACUUCAACCUAAAACACAACACUAUUUCAACGCUCAUUCAUAAGACUGCUGCUUGAUUGUCUUUCCUUCUGUUGAUCCUAAUGCCUUUUGAUUUGGUUUGAGAUUAAUAGUUGGUAUUUUCUUGUCAUCGAUUUGAGUAGUUAACUAGGCCAGUUAGUUAGGCUAACUCAGUUGCGUAGUUAUCUAGGCCAGUUAGUUAGGCUAACUGAUUUCAGUAGCUAACUAGGCCAGUUAGUUAGGCUAACUGAUUUGAGUAUUUAACUAGGCCAGUUAAUUGGGCUAACUGAUUUGAGUAGUUAUUAACUAAGCCAGUUAGUUAGCUAACUGCUUGCCUACUUGUCAAGGGGGUCAGAGCUGGGGCACUUCUCGGCCCCUCUCCUCCCCUGCCUGUGGCUUGUUUAAUGGGUGGGGUUAGAAUCUACUGUGCAAACACAUUCCAUAUGAAGGUGGAGAGGCUUUUCCCAGGAGGAAAACAAUGUUUGUUGUAGAGGUUUCCUUACAGUAGGAAGUUAAUAUAGUGACACAUUGACCAUAUUUCAGGGACCAUUGUUAUUUUUCUGACCAUGUCAGCCAGGACCUGACCAGGAAAACCUCUCAGACGUAUUUGAAUUUUUUUCUGGUUAUUUCAUGUGAUUAGUAAAAACUCCUGAGCCCAACCAUAGUUUAUGGUGACUGACCGUUGUGUUCUUGUACAGUGAGGGAAAAAAGUAUUUGAUCCCCUGCUGAUUUUGUACGUUUGCCCACUGACAAAGAAAUGAUCAGUCUAUAAUUUUAAUGGUAGGUGUAUUUGAACAGUGAGAGACAGAAUAACAACAAAACAAUCCAGAAAAACGCAUGUCAAAUGUUAUAAAUUGAUUUGCAUUUUAAUGAGGGAAAUAAGUAUUUGAACCCCUCUCAAUCAGAAAGAUUUCUGGCUCCCAGGUGUCUUUUUAUACAGGUAACGAGCUGAGAUUAGGAGCACACUCUUAAAGGGAGUGCUCCUAAUCUCAGUGUGUUACCUGUAUAAAAGACACCUGUCCACAGAAGCAAUCAUUCAAUAGAUUCCAAACUCUCCACCAUGGCCAAUACCAAAGAGCUCUCCAAGGAUGUUAGGGACAAGAUUGUAGACCUACACAAGGCUGGAAUGGGCUACAAGACAAUCGCCAAGCAGCUUGGUGAGAAGGUGACAACAGUUGGUGCGAUUAUUCGCAAAUGGAAGAAACACAAAAUAACUGUCAAUCUCCCUCGGCCUGGGGCUCCAUGCAAGAUCUCACAUCGUGGAGUUGCAAUGAUCAUGAGAACGGUGAGGAAUCAGCCCAGAACUACACGGAGGAUCUUGUCAAUCAAGGCAGCUGGGACCAUAGUCUACGCCGUGAAGGACUGAAAUCCUGCAGCGCCCGCAAGGUCCCCCUGCUCAAGAAAGCACAUAUACAUGCCCGUCUCAAGUUUGCCAAUGAACAUCUGAAUGAUUCAGAGGAGAACUGGGUGAAAGUGUUGUGGUCAGAUGAGACCAAAAUUGAGCUCUUUGGCAUCAAUUCAACUCGCCGUGUUUGGAGGAGGAGGAAUGCUGUCUAUGACCCCAUGAACACCAUCCCCACUGUCAAACAUAGAGGUGGAAACAUUAUGCUUUGGGGGUGUUUUUCUGCUAAGGGGACAGGACAACUUCACCGCAUCAAAGGGACGAUGGACGGGGCCAUGUACCGUCAAAUCUUGGGUGAGAACCUCCUUCCCUCAGCCAGGGCAUUGAAAAUGGGUCGUGGAUGGGUAUUCCAGCAUGACAAUGACCCAAAACACACGGCCAAGGCAAUAAAGGAGUGGCUCAAGAAGAAGUACAUUAAUGUCCUGGAAUGGCCUAGCCAGCCAUAGAAAAUCUGUGGAGGGAGCUGAAGGAUUGAGUUGCCAAACGUCAGCCUCGAAACCUUAAUGACUUGGAAAAGAUCUGCAAAGAGGAGUGGGAACAAAAUCCCUCCUGAGAUGUGUGCAAACCUGGUGGCCAACUACAAGAAACGUCUGACCUCUGUGAUUGCCAACAAGGGUUUUGCCACCAAGUACUAAGUCAUGUUUUGCAGAGGGGUCAAAUACUUAUUUCCCUCAUUAAAAUGCAAAUCAAUUUAUAACAUUUUUGACAUGUGUUUUUCUGGAUUUUUUUGUUGUUAUUCUGCCUCUCACUGUUCAAAUAAACCUACCAUUAAAAUUAUAGACUGAUCAUUUCUUUGUCAGUGGGCAAACGUACAAAAUCAGCAGGGGAUCAAAUACUUUUUUCCCUCACUGUAAGCAUUGAAUGAAUGCUGAACAGUGCUGACGGAUGCCGUAUUAUCAUAUACAGGCUCAUUUAUUCUUGGCUUUGGCUAAGAAGUGUGUGUGUGUGUCUGAGUACUACAGAGGCGUUGGCUGGUGAGGAUGUUAGUAGUCAGUAUGCUAAUGACAGGCGCUCUGCUGCUGGGUGUUUCAGCUCUCUACACAUACAGUGGGGGAAAAAAGUAUUUAGUCAGCCACCAAUUGUGCAAGUUCUCCCACUUAAAAAGAUGAGUGGCCUGUAAUUUUCAUCAUAGGUACACGUCAACUAUGACAGACAAAAUGAGAUUUUUUUUCUCCAGAAAAUCACAUUGUAGGAUUUUUAAUGAAUUUAUUUGCAAAUUAUGGUGGAAAAUAAGUAUUUGGUCAAUAACAAAAGUUUCUCAAUACUUUGUUAUAUACCCUUUGUUGGCAAUGACACAGGUCAAACGUUUUCUGUAAGUCUUCACAAGGUUUUCACACACUUGCUGGUAUUUUGGCCCAUUCCUCCAUGCAGAUCUCCUCUAGAGCAGUGAUGUUUUGGGGCUGUCGCUGGGCAACACGGACUUUCAACUCCCUCCAAAGAUGUUCUAUGGGGUUGAGAUCUGGAGACUGGCUAGGCCACUCCAGGACCUUGAAAUGCUUCUUACGAAGCCACUCCUUCGUUGCCCGGGCGGUGUGUUUGGGAUCAUUGUCAUGCUGAAAGACCCAGCCACGUUUCAUCUUCAAUGCCCUUGCUGAUGGAAGGAGGUUUUCACUCAAAUCUCACGAUACAUGGCCCCAUUCAUUCUUUCCUUUACACGGAUCAGUCGUCCUGGUCCCUUUGCAGAAAAAACAGCCCCAAAGCAUGAUGUUUCCACCCCCAUGCUUCACAGUAGGUAUGGUGUUCUUUGGAUGCAACUCAGCAUUCUUUGUCCUCCAAACACGACGAGUUGAGUUUUUACCAAAAAGUUCUAUUUUGGUUUCAUCUGACCAUAUAACAUUCUCCCAAUCCUCUUCUGGAUCAUCCAAAUGCACUCUAGCAAACUUCAGACGGGCCUGGACAUGUACUGGCUUAAGCAGGGGGACACGUCUUGCACUGCAGGAUUUGAGUCCCUGGCGACGUAGUGUGUUACUGAUGGUAGGCUUUGUUACUUUGGUCCCAGCUCUCUGCAGGUCAUUCACUAGGUCCCCCCGAGAUGAGGACCAAGGCGCAGCGUUGCAGGCAAACAUACUCUUUAUUUAGCGAUUAUACGACAAAAUAAACAAACGAUAACGUGACAGUUCACGGUCUAACACAAACCAACUAGAAACAAGAUCCCACAAACACUAAGGGAAACAGACUGUUUAAAUAUGGCUCCCAAUCAGAGACAACCAGCAACAGCUGACACUCGUUGCCUCUGAUUGGGAGCCACUCUGGCCAACAUAGAAAAGCAACAACUAGAUAAACAAAUGAAACGCACACCCUGGCUCAACAUACAAGUGUCCCCAGAGCCAGGGCGUGACAGUACCCCCCCCCUAAAGGCGCGGACUCCGACCGCGUCAACUAAAUACCACAGGGGAGGGACCGGGUGGGCACUCCGCCUUGGCGGCGGAUCCGGCUCCGGGCCUGAUCCCCACUCCCUCUCCAACCCCCCAAAGUACCCCUGGUCCGGUCUGGCCCCGCUGACCGGAGCUGGACUGCACACUGGUGGAGCGGAUUGCUCUAGCUCCGGCGUGAAGCAGCUGACCGGUGCCAGACCAGGCACCGGUGGAACAGGCACGGGCCGUGCUGGAUUGACGACGCGUACCAUAGGCUUGGUGCGGGGAGCAGGAGCGGGCCGGACCGGACUGGCGACGCACACCACUGGCUUGGUGUGGGGAGCAGGAGCGGACCGGACCGGGCUGGCGACGUGCACCAUAGGCUCGGUGCGGGGAGCAGGAACAGGCCGGGCCGGGCUGGCGACGCGCACUAUAGGCUCGGUGCGGGGAGCAGGAACAGGCCGGGCCGGGCUGGCGACGCGCACCACAGGCUCGAUGCGAGGAACAGGAACAGGCCAGACCGUACUGGGGACACACACCACUGGCCCUAUGCAGGGAUCAGGAACGGGCCGGACCGGACUGGUAACACACCCCAGUACCUCUCGCCGUGCCUCCACACUUUCCCUCUCCUCUGUGACCAGUGGCCCCCUUAACCUGGCGGCCUCCUCUGCACACCCGCUGGACCGCUCCAUCGCGGCCUCCUGCUGCCCCGUCGUCCCCGGCGUGAGCCCCCCCCUAAAAAAUUUCUGGGGGUCUCUCCUCCCCGUGGGCCAGGCCUCUAUAGUUCUCGCCCAACUCUCGCUCUUCUGCUUCCAACUCCAGCCAUUCUGCUCUUCAUUUGGCUUGACCCAGUCGAGACUCUUCCUCCACUGUUCCCAAGUCCACCCUCUCUGCUCUUCACUAGGCUUGACCCAGUCGAGGCUGCCACGGAGAUCUGCUAGCGAUUCCCCUGGCGAUGGCUCCUGGACACGCUGCUUGGUCCAGUUUUGGUGGGAUCUUCUGUCACGGUCGUCGGGAACAGAGGAGGACCAAGGCGCAGCGUUGCAGGCAAACAUACUCUUUAUUUAGCGAUAUUAUGACAAAAUAAACAAAACGAUAACGUGACAGUUCACGGUCUAACACAAACCAACUAGAAACAAGAUCCCACAACAACUGUGGGAAAACAGACUGUUUAAAUAUGGCUCCCAAUCAGAGACAACCAGCAACAGCUGACACUUGUUGCCUCUGAUUGGGAGCCACUCUGGCCAACAUAGAAAAGCAACAACUAGAUAAACAAAUGAAACGCACACCCUGGCUCAACAUACAAGUGUCCCCAGAGCCAGGGCGUGACACCCGGUGUGGUUCUGGGAUUUUUGCUCACCGUUCUUGUGAUCAUUUUGACCCCACACAGUGAGAUCUUGCGUGGAGCCCCAGAUCGAGGGAGAUUAUCAGUGGUGGUGUAUGUCUUCCAUUUCCUAAUAAUUGCUCCCACAGUUGAUUUCUUGAAACCAAGCUGCUUAUCUAUUGCAGAUUCAGUCUUCCCAGCCUGGUGCAGGUCUACAAUUUUGUUUCUGGUGUCCUUUGACAGCUCUUUGGUCUUGGACAUAGUGGAGUUUGGAGUGUGACUGUUUGCGGUUGUGGACAGGUGUCUUUUAUACUGAUAACAUGUUCAAACAGGUGCCAUUAAUACAGGUAACGAGUGGAGGACAGAGGAGCCUCUUAAAGAAGAAGUUACAGGUCUGUGAGAGCCAGAAAUCUUGCUUGUUUGUAGGUGACCAAAUACUUAUUUUCCACCAUAAUUUGCAAAUAAAUUCAUUAAAAAUCCUACAAUGUGAUUUUCUGGAUUUUUUUUCUCAAUUUGUCUGUCAUAGUGGACGUGUACCUAUGAUGAAAAUUACAGGCCUCUCUCAUCUUUUUAAGUGGGAGAACUUGCACAAUUGGUGGCUGACUAAAUACUUUUUUCCCCCACUGUACUGUGUGUGAGAGAGAGCGGGGGAAAGAGGGAGAGCGAGAGAGACAAAAUAGUGUGAAAGUUGACUUUGACAAUACCACUGGGUAUGCAAAUCAACUGGGUUUCUCUGUAAAAAAAAGAAAAAGCGAUUUAAAAAGUGUCCGAAUUUUUCAAUUGCGGUGUGACGCCAUCCUAUUUCAGAGCUGGAGGGGUUUGGAACUCUCUCCCAGUAUCUGACCUACUUUCCUUCUCAUGAGACUGAACUGAUCAUUCAUGUGCCCCAGGCCACACACACACACACACACACAAACACAGAGUCAAACACAGAGUCAAACACAGAGUCAAACACUCACUUCACCCUCAUGGUUGGCUAACUGGCCAGUCUAAGUAGAGCGAGAGAAGGUUGAAAAGUCAAAUGUUCCCUGCACUAGUAGCCACAACUACACUGUCGGGUGUGCUUUACUUUGUACCAGCAUGAACACGGUCGGAAUGAUGGUUCUGACAGGCUGAAUCGAAUGCAUGUAUUGGUCUGGGUCGCAUUCAUUAGUGCACUGCACACCGUAGCAAAAUGCUUUGCAGCGGAAAACAAGCAUUUCUCAAGUACAGCUAGUUCCUCCCCGUUUUGGUCCGUUAUGUUCGUUUGGUGUCUGGUGAAUAAGACCUGGUCUGUGUGUGACAUAGAUUCACUGUAAUCUCAGUGUGAGACCUUGAUGUCAGUCACUCUAUUUGUGACAGAAAGUGGAUACACCCCGACGCCUAAUAGUAGAUCUGAAUACACAUUACCAUUGAUGUAGCCGAAAUGCUACAUUUUUACUUGGCUCUAGUCGAAUGCUAGUCUAAUACUAAUUGUAGACAACGACCCCUGUUACCUACUCUAUCAUUAUUGUCUGUCAAUAGGUUAGUAAUUGAACCCCAUACACAGGCUGUGUACCAAAUGACACCCUAUUCCCAAUCUAGUGUCACUACUUUUGACUGAAUGCAGCUCCAGUCAGUCCGUUGAUUGAUUGGUGUUGUAUAGAACUGAAGAUAGGUGAUGGAUGGGUGAUCCAUAGAAAUACAAUGAGGUGAUCUACCAUUUGGCUGGGACUCGUCCCUAAUUUCAACGGAGGGCUAAAGGCAAGAGCAGUGAAUAAUUGAAGAACAGCCCUAGUCUAGUCUUACACAGCACAGCGUUGCUCUCUCCCUCCCAGUUCUCUAUAGCUUUUAGGUCUUUCUUAGGUCUCCAUGGAGAAUGUUUAGGUGAAGUGUGUGUGGCGGUCAAAUUUAGUCCAUUUUAGCAGUGAAUGUAAACAGGCCUAUUAUUAUCAAUAUUAUAUUUGCAUUGUGAAAAGUGAUGUAAAAUUGUGUAUUACACCUUUUAAUUCUCCCAACGUAUUAUUUUUAUAUAUAUAUAAAAACAAAACAUUACAAAAAAUUGCGGACCACCUGCAGUACCCCGGACCACAAGUUGAAAACCGCUGGUCUAGAGCAAAUGUUAAUGUAGACAAAUCUCAUUAACAAGUGCUGAGGCUCAGGUGACCUGAGUGACACGGGGUACAGUUUCACCUGUUCCUCAGCAGACUUUUUUUCUUCCUCUCUUGAAAUGGCCGGCACACAGGAGCAGAGCUGUGUACAGGAAAUGGAGGCAGAAAACCGGCCUCCCUGAUAGCUCGGGCUCACUCACACAUCACACGGAAACUCGAACACAUACUCUAAAAGCUCACACACUUUCAUCAAACACUCGCUCACACACACAUAUACAUACAUACAUACACACACACCUAGGCUAACGCUAACUCCCUUCAAGUGUAGCUGAGCUAGGUUGCUCAGCGAGCAUUUUUAUGUAUUUAUUUUUAUUUCACCUUUAUUUAACCAGGUAAGCCAGUUGAGAACAAGUUCUCAUUUACAACUGCGACCUGGCCAAGAUAAAGCAAAGCAGUGCGAUUAAAAACAACACAGAGUUACAUAUGGAAUAAACAAAAACGUACAGUCAAUAACACAAUAGAAAAUAGAAAAUCGAUAUACAGUGUGUGCAAAUGUAGUAAGUUAUGGAGGUAAGGCAAUAAAUAGGCCAUAGUGCAAAAUAAUUACAAUUUAGUAUUAACACUGGAGUGAUAGAAGUGCAGAAGAUGAUGUGCAAAUAGAGAUACUGGGGUGCAAAUGAGCAAAAUAAAUAACAAUGUAAAUAACAAUAUGGGGAUGAGGUAGUUGGGUGGGCUAAUUACAGAUGGGCUAUGUACAGGUACAGUGAUAGGUAAGCUGCUCUGACAACUGAUGCUUAAAGUUAAUGAGGGAGAUAAGUGUCUCCAGCUUCAGAGAUUUUUGUAGUUUGUUCCAGUCAUUUGCAGCAGAGGACUGGAAGGAAUGGCGGCCAAAGGAGGUGUUGGCUUUGGGGAUGACCAGUGAGAUAUACCUGCUGGAACGCAUACUACGGGUGGGUUUUGCUAUGGUGACCAAUGAGCUAAGAUAAGGCGGGGAUUUGCCUAGGAGUGAUUUAUAGAUGACCUGGAGCCAGUGGGUUUGGCGACGAAUAUGUAGUGAGGGCCAGCCAACGAGAGCGUACAGGUCACAAUGGUGGGUAGUAUAUGGGGCUUUGGUGACGACAACAUUGCGUGAUAAGUGACCUCGCAUGAGACUGAAAGACUAGUGUUGACUCUUAGAUCUAGGCCUACCAUUUGGGAUUGCGCUCCAUGAGCUAACACAGUCUUAUGUCUUGCGUGUCGUGAUGACAAGCCGGGGUUCAGUACCCGUGUUGUUAGGCUCUACAAGGGUAGAAUUUCUCUCUCUCUCGCUCCUUCACUCUCUCUCUCUCGCUCUCCCCGUUAGGCUAUACAAGGGAAGAAUUGCUCACUCUCUCUCUCUCUCUCUCCCGCUUCUCUCUCUCCUCUUCCUCUCUAGUGAUGUGUCUCUGUUCUUGUCCCAGAUUCUGCAGUAAUAAGCCCAGCAGAACUCAGCACUUUCCUAAUGAAUCGCUCCAGUCUGAGGAUGAGUCAGUACAGGGAUCUGGAUCUUAUGAUCCUAUCUAAUGGAAGGGCUCUUCAUGUGUGAUGCUUUACAAAUGCAUUUUCCCUCUUUCUCCCCUCUCCUCUUUCCCUCUCUCUGCUGUUCUCUCUCCCCUCCUCUCCCAUCUUCCUGUUCUUUCAUAUCUCCUCCCCUCUCCCAUCUUCCUCUUCUUUAAUCUCUCCUCCCCUCUCCCAUCUUCCCCUCCUCUUUCCCCCCUUCUCUUCUCUCCUCAGGCGAGGGCUGAACCCACCCCACAGAGUGAAGUCCAUCUCCAUGACGACCUUCACGCAACCGGAAAUCGAGUUCCUCCAGAAACACGGCAAUGAGGUAGGUCGGCAUAGCGACCGGGCCCCACAGACCUCCCAGGACUGUUGUCAACAUGGCUGCCUGGGUCGUAUACACUAGGAACCAAAGGGAAGCAAACAGGCCAAAAUGAAACGCUAGUUUUUGUUUUCUGUUGUCACUGUCCAGCUCUUCCAGUUCUUAGCACCCCGAUGGAGACUAGAAUGCAGAAAUACAUAGGUUUAUAAUGAUAAAGAAGUGUUUUUCAAACCUGGUCCCAGAUCUGUUUAUGCUCUCUUGCUGUCUUCUAUGCUCAUUGUGAUGGCCAGACACACAAACAGAUCUGUGACCAGGCUAGUAGCCUAUGUUUCUAUUCAACUUCCAUUGUCCUCCAAGCUAGGCCACCUUUCGUAUGUCCACCUCUUAAUCAAUCAGUCUAAGGAGCGCUGGCUGGCUGGCUGGCUGGCUGGCUGACUCCUUGCCCUCAAUGCCCUGAGACUUAUUCUAACCCCAGAUCAUGGAAUUCCAUACUUUGUGUUCCAUAUGGCCGGCCUCACCCUUUCCCCCUUUUGGUUUUGGGUGACAUUCCACUGAUAUUUCCCCUAAUCCUGUAAAGUGGGAUUUGUGUGCUGACCGGGUGGCCACGGCACAACAGACACAGAGCAGCUCUUUCAGGAGAUGUCGCUCUGAUGCUCUCUCAUGCGUUCCAUGCGUCUGGUUAUUUAUUUAGUUGGCUCUGACCCACACACACACACACACACACACACACACACACACACACACACACACACUUUAAUCUGCCAAGGAUUCCGAAUUGGAGUAAUGAGCUUCUGCUAGAUGAUAUGGGUGGUAGUGGUACAAAACUGAACCUGUGCUUGUCCUUGAUGCUGUUCUGCAGGCUAUGUGUGUCAGGUGCUUUAUGUGAGAAGAAUAUUCUAGGCCUAUUGGAAACAUCGAUACAAGCCUUGGAGGACAUGCAUUAUCUUCAGCCUUGACUUUAUUGUCUCCUGCUGUCUGUCCUCUUUUUAUAUAUAGUUUGUCAGUUUGUCUCUCUCUCUCUCUCUCUGUCUCUCUCUUUCGCUCUCUGUCUGUCUGUCUGUCUCUAUGAUUCAGUAUGUAUUCUGUUUGUCUGCUUCUAAUUGUAAAAUCCUAGGUGUCCAUGUGUACUGUAAAAUAAUUUUGCACUUGGCAAGUUGGCUGUAGAUCUCUCCAUUUCCGGGCUCCCAAGAGACACCCUGGAAUGUUCCUGAAUGUCCUACAUUCUGAUGCUGCUCUCUAGGCCUGGAAGUGUUGAAGGGUUUUCUCUCUCUUUCAUGUUUGUAUUUUUCCUCUGUAAAGGGGAUGAACCACAUCUUCUGAUUUGCCUGUGACUUUUAUUCUCCUUACAAUUUUCACCAAACCUGUUUUUCUGCUGUCUCUGUCCGUCCCCUCUCUCCUAUCUUCUCUAGUCAUGCAAACAGAUAUGGCUGGGGCUUUACGACGACAGAACCACUUCCAUACCGGAUUUCAGAGAACCCCAGAAAGUCAAGGAGUUCCUUCAGGAGAAAUACGAGAAGAAGAGAUGGUGAGCGGCUGCUGUAGAGUCCAUAGGGCUCUGGUCAAAAGGAGUGCACUAAAAAGGGAGUAGGGUGCCAUUUGGGACCCUUCUCUCCACUGCAUGAGAAAUCCCUAGAGACGGGCAGCUCACUGCAGUUGGCCCUCGAGCAGCAAGGCACUUUGCAUCAGUAACAACCCAGGCGUAUUUAGUGGAUGAUAUCUAGGUUACUGUAUGCGUUAGUUGGAAUCUAAAAGGAAAGUAUAAUAUUUACACACACCUAAUGCUGCGUUUAGACAAUGGACGCAAAAACCGUCAUACCAGUCGGCAUAGCGGGACAAGAAAACAAGGAAGAGGGUGACGGCAAAAGCAAGCCUGAACGACGGUAUGCGUUGCUAUGGUGAUAUCAGUAAACAAACAAGUGCAAAUCAACAUCCGGUUGGAAACAAGUCCUGUUUACCGUGGCGGCUGACGGCAUUCACCUCCAGCCUCAACGGCAUUUACUGUCGUGCUCUCAUUGAAAACAAUGACAUCCGGUUUGCUGUCUACAUCAUACCAUCUAAACGCAGCAUAAAUGUUCUCACAGGAGCAGCCAAUCUCUUUGCUUUCAAUUAAUGUUCAGGACCUGUAUGCACAAAUAGGAGUGCUGAUCUAGGAUCAGGUCCCCCCUGUCCAUAUACUCGUAUUCAUUAUGAUCCUAGAUCAGCACUCUUACUCUGAGAUGCUGGGUUAUAGGAGUCCAUUUGAAUUCAAGCCUGUGUUGCUGUGUAACCAAUUGAACACCAUUGUUGUUGUGAUUUAGGUUUGUUCCCCCGGAGCAGGCCAAAGUGGUGGCUUCGGUCCAUGCCUCCAUCUCAGGCUCGUCAGCCAGCAGCACCAGCAGCACCCCCGAGGUCCGACCCCUCAAAACCCUGCUGGGGGAGUCGGCCCCCACCCUGCACCUCAACAAGCACACGCCCAGUCAGGUAAGACACACUGGUUACUCAGCUGGCUGAUAACAGGCCAUACAACGUUUUCCCUGACCUGAAGUAGGGCCCAGGGAGUUUUUCCUGGUCAGAUCAUGUAUUCAGGAGACCCUUCUGGCUCUAGUAGUCAAAACAUAUAUAUUUUUGAGUUGCUUUCAAUAAGAUAGCCUGUGAGAAGUGUGGAUAUCCAGGUGAACUAUUUCUGCAUGGUUGAGGUGUCCGUCUCUCUGUUAGUUAACUGGGUCAUAUUUAGCACGAAAUGGAGUGAAACGGAGGUUCCAUCCGAACUUCUGUCCAAUAAGAAACGCCCAUUUUUGUUUUCUGUUGCAAAGCGUUUUGCUACGGCAUGCCCUAAUGAACACAGCCCUGUUGGCUCUCUGUAGUCUCCGGUGGGGAGUCGUGCAGCCCAGGCCCUUCAGCUGAGCCAGCAGCAGCAGUUCCACGACAAGAAGUUUGACCUCCUCAGCGACCUGGGAGGAGACAUCUUCGCCACUCCGCCCCCAGAUGGCAGCAGGCUCGGCGGCCAACUUUGCCAACUUUGCACAUUUCAACAGUCACCCAGGUAAGGAGGAGUGGCACGAGCUGCACCGGUCCCUGGAGCGGUCCUUACACCCCUGGGCACAGUGGUUACAUCUACUGCUUAGUGCAUAGACUUCAUUGGUCAAUGAUACUUAUACUCAAUGAUACAUUUCCUGAAGAAUAUUUGGGUGCUUGCUUCAGCUGUCCAAAAGUGUGUUUUAUGGCAGUGGAAGAAACUUUAGAGGCAUUUCGACUUCCUUAAUUUCAAGAGUAUGGACCUUCACUUUUUCUUACCACACUUUAUGUUUUUCAUAUCAAGAAACAGACAUACACAUAUGAACAACAACUUACACACAAACAACGACUACAUCUCAUUGCCCAGACCCGCAUGCUCACACCCCCCUCAUUGAUUUUAAAUAAUUAAAAUGGUUGAUUUCCAAGUACCUUAACCCCCUCAUUGUCCAUCACACUGGUCUAUGUAAAGCAUCGCAAGACACUGGAAUUCUCAUAUGGCUAUGGGCGGUCAGUUCCUUGGUUACUAAUGAGGCCAACGUAAAGCUGUUUGCUCAGAGAAUAAUGUUUUCUCAUCCUCAAAGAGCCAUAAAGUUAUACCUUAAUGUAGUGUGGACAGAAAGGCAGCACCAGGUAAACCCACAUGAGGCUUAAAGACACACACACUCUAAAAAUACAUCACAAUUUGAUACUUAAAAUAGUAUUCAUUUUAGAAAAUAGACAAUAACCUACACACUUAUCAAACGUUCUAUACCUAUCAAUCCUUUCCUUUCCUAUCUUUCUACUACUUAACCAAAAUACAUCCGAGAUUCACAGGAAGCCCAUCUCUGCAGCAAUCUCCCAACACCCCCAGAAUAGCUUCCAGUUUCUCCAUCUCUUUAUCCUCACGUUCCUGUAGAACUCCACCUUGUCAUCUCCAUGUGCUUGUGGAACAGAUGUUGUUUCUCCUGCUCAUGCAGGUGCUGGUUGUGGUAGCAGAAGCUGGCCAUGUUAAGGGACCGGGACUUCCAGUAAUACUCAAAAUGACAGAGUAACUCGGGAGGAUCUGACCUAAAGUCACAAUAAAACUAAUUCCAUGUAUCUACAUGGAAUUAGAGAAAUACUCAAUAAGCCAAAUCAAAAACAGAAAUGAUCAAAAUCAUGGGAAGAAUGCAGUAUUUGAUGCUUACCGUUGUUGGUGGAAUUUGAAGUUCUUGCAGGGAGAUACUGACGUCUCUGUGCCAUACAUGGUAGGGACUGGUGAAAUUGCUGGUUAUUGAAGUAAAUGUAUAAAACAUUUAUAAUCUUCGAUAGCAGAAGCAAGUCACACGUCUAGUCUUGAGGUUGAUGCAACCAAGGGUGUGUUCGUAAAUUCAAUCUGGAGUGCCAGAGUGCGCUCAGAGUUUACUGACACCGGCCAUAUUCAACGGGUGUUGAACGUUCGUAAAUUCAUCAGUUAUUCUGCGCUCUGGCACACUCAGACGAGAGUGCUCUGAAAUCGAAGUAGAUAGCCAGAAUGAAUUUACGAACGCACCCCAAAACUGAGUUCUAAAUCAACACUGUUACUCUUACCAGCCAAACAUUCUAAAUUCAAACAUUCUACCAUAGAGAUCCUAUUAAAUGACUAAUUCUAUGCAUUCUACCAACUUUGCUUUGGUUGAUUUAUUAUUUUUAUUAUUCAGAAUUGCCAUGACGAUGAGAGAGUGAAAUGAAUGGAUGUACUGUGUGCUUAAUUUAAAAUCUGUUUUACAUUGAACCCAGUGGCAGACACACACACACACACACACACACACACACUAGAAGGUCAGGGCAGUGCCCUAUAGAAGAAGUUGGACCUGUCAUCAUCACUAUCAUUGUUUGUUUGUCAUUGUCAUCUGGUGCCAGUCUGUCAUUAGCUCCAUAUAGUUUAGUUCCAUAUCCCUCAAUGUGUCAUUUCUGUCGUUUCAUCCCAAAUGGCACCUUCUACCCUAUUUAGUGCACUACUUUUGACCAGGGCUCUUGUCAAAAGUAGUGCACUAUAGGAAUAGGGUGCUAUUUGGGAUGCUGCCUGUGUCAUGUGUGACCAUUAAUCAUCUCAUUCAUUGUGUCCUGUUUUGUUUGUCCUUUUUGAUUUUAUGUGCGUCUGACCCUCGUACAAAGCUCCAGCUGCUCAGAACGCAAACGCAGACUUUGCUAACUUUGAUGCGUUUGGGAGCACGGCGGUGGGUCCAUCGGGUGCUUUCCCCUCUGCACCCCAAGCCCCCUUCCAGACCUCACGUACAGGUAGAGCAUGUUCCAUUCACCUGUCAUGGCCUGUCUCUAUCUCACACACGCUCACAUUUUCAACAGGUCACUGUUAGACUUCCUCCUUUCCCAGAGGCGCUCUCUCUCUCUCUGUUACACUCUCACAUCAGUUCACUCUCACUCCUACUUGUCAUGUGUUUUGUGUCCAUUUUGUCUGUUGUAGUUUAUGUUAGGAGACGUCUCCAUAUGAUUUGUCUACUGUCUUUAUCUGUCCCAUGUGUUUGUCUGUCACUCACUCACUGUCUCUCCUCCCCAUUCUCAAAGUCCUGGUCCAUGGCUCCAUCUCCGCUCCACUCAUUUCAUCACUCUCAUUGGCUCUGUAUUUGCUAGUUGGCUUGCUGGCUGCUCAAGGCACACACACUCACUCACUGGCUAGUUUUCCCCACCCACAGUCAAGGGAAUUAGAUUUUGAUGUACCACACCGCCCUCUGCUGGAGACUAAUGCCUGCAGUCUGCAGAUGACCUCUUGACUUCUACGCAGCAGUGGAUGGGAAUGCACUGCUCUCUGGGUGCAUCGAAACACUCUACAGUGGCAUCCUCUCCUUGUCACCUUUCCUUCAUCCGUAACUGAUCUGAAAGGAUCGAACAAAAGUACAGUUAGGCCUCUAUCUGUCAUGUCUGCUUUCACCUAUCCUAUAUGUUUUCAGAUCUGUGCGGAGCGCAGAUGAGGAGACGAGGAGAGGAAACCACUUUAGACUAUUGAGAUGCAACCCCCCCUCUCUCUCAAGGCUCCUCCUGCUCUCACUCACAUUGACCACCAUGCUGCCUGGCCUGGCCUCUUCUUUCACACUGACCACCAUGCUGCCUGGCCUCUUCUUUCACACUGACUCCAUUCGCUCUGUUAUGAUUUUGUUUUGCUUUUGGGUGAUGUUUUCCCAGUUUUGGUUUAUAUUUCUUCUUUUUUUUUGACCCUGUCUCUCUGGUACUCAUUUCACCCCGCCUGUUUUGGCUGCCAGCGUUCAUGUCCCUCUCAUCCAGCCGCAGUGUGGGUGAGUUUGCCACCGCUGGCACUGCUCUACCAUACCCAGGUGCAGGUGCUCACAGUAAGUUCUCUCCAUCUCACUGGGCUCAGCCUCUAGCUAACACCUUAACUGCCCUUUCUCCCCUCUGUCUGUCUGGUAGGCUCGAGGGGUUUUCCCAUAUCAAUGUCUAUGGUUGUUCCUGUUGAUGUGUGUGUGCCUGUCUGUGGAUGCGUGUGUUGUAUGCUCUUUGAUGUUUGCUGACCUGUUCAUAUCCAGAAGUACAGGGCCAUUAGUGCAAAAUAACAUGAUGUCAUGCAGUCUAAACUGCAGCCAGCUAUUGAAAGAAAAGAUGGCCAACUAUUACCUCGGCCUCUGGAUAUUCAUCUAAAAUCUAAAGAUAUUUCUCCACAUAUGUAUUGUACUAAGAUCUUGUAAGGGUGUAGGUAAUUCAGUAAUUCACUGUAGGUGUAUUCAUUUGUCAGACAGGAGAGUAGACAGGAUUUCUUAUUCCAUAGCAACAGUCAGGUUCUACCCUCAAACCACUCCCAGUGAAGUAAUGCUUCUUCUCUUCCUUUACCUCAACUCUCACUCUGUUUCCUCAGACAGUGACCAACCUCAGUCUCUGUGCCUAACUAACCCUCAGGGUAAGAUGAUUGUUAAGAAAGGCAACAAUCAUCCUACAAACACACAUGAAGCCACUGUGUGGCUCUUGUGACAGUCAGAGUAAGGACCAUGACUGCUGUUGGGCUCAUUUCAAGUCUGACACAGUUGACUGUUAUACUACUCGACAGUAUGAUGCAGAUCCUUUCCAUUGAUUUCAGCUCAGAUGACGCACAGUGGUGUUAUAAAUUAAAGAUGACUCUGCUGUACUCUGUAGAUGCUGCCUGUAUCCAGUAGCACACAGUGUUCAAUCCAGCCCCCCAGAUUUACGCUGCACAGUCAGAAACACACACACACACCCAGGCCCCUCUUGUGUGACUCCUCUCUGUCAUCUCUCUCUCUCUCUCUCGCAGGUAGCACGUCCUCGGGGGGCCUAGCUAACACUAGCAAUUUAGCUAAUUUUGACCACUUCCCCAAAUCCUGUAGCGCUGACAUUGGAUGCUUCAGUUCCUCUUCCCAGUCCCAGAGCCAGAGUUACUCCUCCACUGCAGGAGCGCCCAAUGGGCUGGUAGACAGAUACAGCGGCACUACUAGCGUCCCCACCGAUAGAUACGCAGCUCUGGCUGACCUGGAUACCAUCUUUAGCUCUGCCAAAACGGAGCAAGGUAACCCUCUCCAUGCUGCGAGCCAGCCUCCACUCUGUUUCGCAGACUUCAAGAUGCGUAGAGUAGAGUGAGAUUGCUAUCGGGUUGGGGAUGAUGCGCUCAUGCAUGGUGUAGAAUAGAUAAAGUCCGGGUCCCAUUCUUUCUGAACCAGCAGGUACAGUGGGUCCUCAUUUUAAAAGUUGCGUCAUACCACAGCACAGCUUGCGGAAUGGUAUGGCAUGUUGGAGUGCAUGACGUCAUAGUAUUUUACUGUCAAAAUAUGUUUAUCUAGAAUAACUGCAGCUCCAUGCCUACUGAUGGCAAUCAGCAAAUACCCAUUUGGGGAAAAUAUCCUUUCUAUUUUAGUCUGUUAUAUUCCAUCAUAUUCAUGUUGUAAAGGGAUGUGGAAUAUAAGCAUGUGAUGUCUGCUAAAUGUACAAGUUAAUUUCAUUGACAUGGCGCCGCCAUAGCCUCAGCGACUAUAGCACAGAUAAAUACAUCUUAAAUCAUGCUAUUCUGUUCUUUUGAAAUAAAUUGUCUUAGUACCAUGUUUUUUUUAUGACCUCCCUAAAUAAAAUAUUAAUAGAUUUCUUUGUGAUUGUGUAUGUUACAUUGAUUUAUUAUACAAUCUCUCCCUGCUGUGUGUAGGAGACGGAUGGAGUUACUAGCUUCUACAGUACCCUCCUGGCCUCCCUGUGUUGUGAACCAGCCUGUGUGUGUUUUCAGGAGGUAGCGUCCCUAGUGGGGUCCCGGGCUCUCUCCCCCCGGGGACGUCGGCAGGACUGCGUCACCCCCAGAGUCAGCUGACGGGUACGUCGGCGGCAGACCGCUACGCCGCGCUGGCCGAGCUGGACAACGUGUUCGGCUCGUCGGCCCCCGCCACCAGCGUCUACAACACCAUCAGCACUUCUCAAGGGUACGAGAACACACCAUCAGAUGAAUUCCCCCUCUUUCCAUUGCCCUCCAGUCUAUGCCUAGAGUUCUUUCUUUCUGUCUCUCUCAUAUUAUCAUCUUUGUAAAUAUAUAAAUCAACUUUCUUGUUAUCAACAAGUAGGUCUAUCUUUCAAAAUGAUACUCAGCCCUCUCGCCUCUGUCACUGGUUGCAUCUCAAAUCACACCCUAUUCUCUAAAAGGGCACUACUUUUAGCACUACUGCUAGGGACCAUAUAGGUAAUAUGCUGUCAUUUGGGAUGCCUCUGUCAUGGUGAGUCCAUGUGGUCACUAACGAGUGUUGUGUUGUGUCCCAGGGGGAUGUUUGGGCCUGUGACAGGAGUCUCGUCAGCCCAGGCACAACAAUGCAUGUCCAGCAUGCCCCAGGGUUUUGGAGGUGAGUUUCCAUUCGCUACCCUUUCCCCCUUAGUGUGCACUACACUAGUUAACUUACCCCGUGGGUUUAAAAACAUUGGAUAGGUGUAAGCAUUGGCUAUAGGGAGUUUUCUUCAUAUUUCACUCACUGUCUUGCGUCUAUUACUUUUCAAUCCAUGAGGGGGAGUGAACGAGUGCACGCUUCGGGGAGAAGGGGGAUGGAUUAAAAUGAGACCGCAACCCAUUUCUCCAGAGCUGAAGUAGACUUAGCUACUCAGAGAUGAACUAAUAUGAGUUUGAUGUCUCCUCUUCCCUUCUGCCAGGUCCGUCAACAAACCCCUUUGCUGCUGCAGUGGUUGCCCCGGCGACAGCCACCACCAACCCCUUCCAGAGCAACGGGAGAGCAGCGGCCAUGGCAGCAGCAGGUGGGGACACGCCACGGAUGUCUUGCAUACCCAAUGUACUUGAAACUAAAGCCAUAGGCUAUGAACCAAAUCAUUCUUGCCUACUAUUUACAAAAAUUCUAUACUAUGUACUAACCAUACUACAUACUGUUUAUAACAUACUGUUCAGUAAAAAUGUAUGCAGUAAGCAACAGAUAUCAACAUACAGUGGGGAGAACAAGUAUUUGAUACACUGCCGAUUUUGCAGGUUUUCCUACUUACAAAGCAUGUAGAGGUCUGUAAUUUUUAUCAUAGGUACACUUCAACUGUGAGAGACGGAAUCUAAAACAAAAAUCCAGAAAAUCACAUUUGUAUGAUUUUUAAGUAAUUAAUUUGCAUUUUAUUGCAUGACAUAAGUAUUUGAUACAUCAGAAAAGCAGAACUUAAUAUUUGGUACAGAAACAUUUGUUUGCAAUUAGAGAUCAUACAUUUCCUGUAGGUCUUGACCAGGUUUGCACACACUGCAGCAGGGAUUUUGGCCCACUCCUCCAUACAGACCUUCUCCAGAUCCUUCAGGUUUCGGGGCUGUCGCUGGGCAAUACGGACGUUCAGCUCCCUCCAAAGAUUUUCUAUUGGGUUCAGGUCUGGAGACUGGCUAGGCCACUCCAAGACCUUGAAAUGCCUCUUACGGAGCCACUCCUUAGUUGCCCUGGCUGUGUGUUUCGGGUCAUUGUCAUGCUGGAAGACCCAGCCACGACCCAUCUUCAAUGCUCUUACUGAGGGAAGGAGGUUGUUGGCCAAGAUCACGCGAUACAUGGCCCCAUCCAUCCUCCCCUCAAUACGGUGCAGUCGUCCUGUCCCCUUUGCAGAAAAGCAUCCCCAAAGAAAUGUUUCCAACUCCAUGCUUCACGGUUGGGAUGGUGUUCUUGGGGUUGUACUCAUCCUUCUUCUUCCUCCAAACACGGCGAGUGGAGUUUAGACCAAAAAGCUCUAUUUUUGUCUCAUCAGACCACAUGACCUUCUCCCAUUCCUCCUCUGGAUCAUCAGAUGGUCAUUGGCAAACUUCAGACGGGCCUGGACAUGCACUGGCUUGAGCAGGGGGACCUUUCGUGUGCUGCAGGAUUUUAAUCCAUGACGGCGUAGUGUGUUACUAAUGGUUUUCUUUGAGACUGUGGUCCCAGCUCUCUUCAGGUCAUUGACCAGGUCCUGCCGUGUAGUUCUGGGCUGAUCCCUCACCUUCCUCAUGAUCAUUGAUGCCCCACGAGGUGAGAUCUUGCAUGAAGCCCCAGACCGAGGGUGAUUGACCGUCAUCUUGAACUUUUUCCAUUUUCUAAUAAUUGCACCAACAGUUGUUGCCUUCUCACCAAGCUGCUUGCCUAUUGUCCUGUAGCCCAUCCCAGCCUUGUGCAGGUCUACAAUUCUAUCCCUGAUGUCCUUACACAGCUCUCUGGUCUUGGCCAUUGUGGAGAGGUUGGAGUCUGUUUGAUUGAGUGUGUGGACAGGUGUCUUUUAUACAGGUAACGAGUUCAAACGUGCAGUUAAUACAGGUAAUGAGUGGAGAACAGGAGGGCUUCUUAAAGAAAAACUAACAGGUCUGUGAGAGCCGGAAUUCUUACUGGUUGGUAGGUGAUCAAAUACUUAUGUCAUGCAAUAAAAUGCAAAUUAAUUACUUAAAAAUCAUACAAUGUGAUUUUCUGGAUUUUUGUUUUAGAUUCCGUCUCUCACAGUUGAAGUGUACCUAUGAUAAAAAUUACAGACCUCUACAUGCUUUGUAAGUAGGAAAACCUGCAAAAUCGGCAGUGUAUCAAAUACUUGUUCUCCCCACUGUACUAGGCAUGCAUACUGAGAAGGAGUCAUGUAAUGCGCAAUUGGGUUGUUCCGAGGUUAAAUGCUGAAGACACAUUUUAGUUGAAUGUAUUCAGUUGUACAGCUGACUAGGUAUCCCUUUCCCUGCCAUUCGUACAUCACGUCUGAUCACGUGGGAGUCUGAAAAUACAAUUAUCUUCCUCAAUAGCAUGCAGCUAAUUCGUACUAGAUGAAGUACAUCUCUGUGACUAAAGCUGAUCUAACUAUCAGUGGUUAGUGGCCAUUUUGAGGUAGUUCAGAACAAAAACAUGUUUCACAGAUGGCAACUAUUUUCCAAAGUCAUGCUAAAAUAUCACAUAUUAACUGAGGCAGGUGAUCAUGAAAAAGCUUCUCUAUGUAGCAAAAUUCAAGGAAUAGCCUAGUAGUCAAUCGAAAUCUCACAAGUCCAUAUUCUUAGAUGACUGUGAACACCUGAAACCAUGUGAGAGUGACCAUGGUCACAGUGGUCAUGGUCGUCAGAGGUCAUAAUGAGGUUAUGAACCAGAUGCCUUCACUUCAUCGCUCAGCUAAUUGUAUUAAUCUCUAAGUAAGUCUAUUGCCGGUGGCUCGGUUGCUACGAGACGGCAGCAUUAUUUACUAACAAUUGUCUGUAGCUAAAUGAGGAUAUAGUCCAAGUAGUAAUAUUCUUACAUAGACUAAAUCGGAGAGACACUGAUUGGGGACUGAGUGUUUCUGUAAUGAGCGUGAAGGUGUGUGCGUACGUGUGUACGUGCAAAUUAUAAUGGCUCUGUCUGAUUGCUCUUGUGAUGCUGGACAGGCCUGUUGGGGGCUCUGCAUGGGCAGGGUUACCCUCCAGCCCACUUUGGUAUGUCCCCUCCUCCUCCUCUUCCAGCUCACUCCUUUUCUCGCCCACUUUGGUAUGUCCCCCCCCCCCCUGCCUCCAUGUGUCUUGGCUGUGGCAGUGCUUCCUAGAGCUCCCCUGAGAGUCCUGUGACUGUCUCGCCGACUGUGCAUGUGUUGUGUGCCCUGACCUCUGACCCCAGUACUGCUUCUACUGUAUCUGUGAGUGUGGGGGUCCUGAUGCCUCAGCUACCCUCACCAAUCCCCCCCUGCCCUCACUCUUGCCCUCACUGACGCUCCCAGACUGUAGUGAUGUGGCACCGCCGAUUACCCCAUCUUGCCCCCUGCCGGCCAAGAGAAAUAGCCUAACUAACAGUCGUAGCUUUUCAGACUAUAGCUGUUGGCAGUGUGUAUGUCCUCCAGCAGAGCUCUGAGGUUAUAAACGGGUGUUGAAAGGACAUCAAACAGCCAGAUAACCAUUUAAGAGUAUCCUUUAACUGCACAACCAUCUUGACUGUAAGCUUCUUAUCAUUUUUCACCCUCCUGGAUUCUGUACACUGCAUUUGCUAAGAGUGCCUAUACCCUGAUUGAUGUAGUACUGUAGCUGUGUGCUAAAUGCUGGUUAUGUUAUGGAUAGAGCUAGUCUCUGAGACUCACAAAGUAGUGUUUUUUGUUGUUGCUGUGUUUGUUUCUCUGUGUUUAAGUGUACAUUGCUCAGUAAAGGUGUUUUAGUUCAGGUUGUGUGCCAAUGUUAACCUGGCGUCAGGUGUGAUUAUAGCUUGACUAGGUAGGUAGGUAGGUAGGUAGGUGGUGGGUGGGUGGGUGGGUGUGUGUGUGUGUGUUUGCGCGUGCGAAUAUGUUUUGUAGUCUGCGUUAGCGGUAAUUGUGUAGCGUAAGCUCUGUGUAACUGAUGUGAUAUUGUGUAGAUUGUGAGUGUCCUCUCCUCUCCCACCUAUCUUGCAGCCACGUUUGGAACAGGCUCCAUGAGCAUGCCAGCCGGAUUCGGGAACGCUGCUGCCUACAACCUCCCCACCAGCUUCAGUGGGACCUUCCAACAGCCCUUCCCUGGCCAGGCCUCCUUCCCCCAGCCUCCGGCCUACCCCCAGCAACCCAACGGUGUGUGUUGGUGUUUGCAUGGGUGUAUGUGUGCUUUGCAUGAAUUUGUGUGGUGUACCCCUUUCAUUUAAACCUUUCUCUGGUCCACCAGGAGGGGGGUUUUCAGCCUAUGGACAGACCAAGGCUGUGGUGACCCCCUUUGCACAGGCGAUGGCCGCACACUCUAGUAACCCCUUCUUGGUGAGUGGGACCAUCAGGUGGUUUUCAACCGAAUGUCCACAGUCUCUAUUUGAUAAGACUUGUGUUAGUUUCACUGGUGGUGAUUUAAUGGCUUCCCGCCCUCCCUUUCUCCCUCUCUCUCUGUCUUUGUCGUCCUUCUAGGCGGGCGCCCCUUCAGGACACUACCCCUCAGGAAGCUCUUCAACCAAUCCUUUCUUAUAGCGCUGCUCCAUCCAAACUUCCACCACUAGGGUGUUGUCAACUGCCGUGCUCCGCUCGCACCUCUUGCACUGUUUUGUUUCACAAGAUGCUUUAAAAAGACAAACGCAAUGUUUCUAAAACUGGUAUUUUGUAUUAUGUUUUAAGAACAAUGACAACAACAAAGUGACGUAACUGACACCGUCCAUGGCAACAAAAAUCUAAACAAGGUAAAGGUGUGUAGAGGGAAGGGGGGGUGUUAGGGGCGGCAGGAAGCCUAGCGGUUAAGUGCGUUGG